ACAAGGACCAUCAAAAACAAAAAUAAAUAUGGCGACGGAAUGAGGCACAAUCAAAACCUUAAAAUUUAAAAAAUAUCACAUCACGCAUCAUGGCUGGCCCAAUGAUGGAUGCUGCGUUUCUAACAUACGAAGGUAUAGCAUCCGACCCUGUUGAAAGCAAUCUUAAUUUGGAACAACCAGUAUGGAUACUUGGAAAAUACUUCAAACCUGAUGAAGAAAUGGAUAAACUCAAUGCUGAUAUUCUGUCAAGAUUUUGGUUUACAUAUCGAAAAAACUAUCCAGCUAUAGGUGGUACUGGUCCUAUGUCAGAUUCAGGAUGGGGUUGUAUGCUUCGUUGUGGACAGAUGAUGUUAGGUCAAGCUCUUCUCUGCAGACAUUUGGGACGUGAUUGGGAUUGGAGACGAGGUAAAAAAGAAACUAAAUAUAUGAUGAUUUUACGUUCGUUUUUGGAUAAGAAAGACAGCUUGUAUUCAAUUCACCAAAUAGCCCAAAUGGGAGUAGGAGAAGGGAAGGAAAUUGGUCAAUGGUUUGGUCCUAAUACUGUUGCUCAAGUUAUCAAGAAAUUAGUGUUGUUUGAUGACUGGAGUGAUCUUGCAGUACAUGUCGCCAUGGAUAAUACAGUUGUUAUAGAAGACUUAAAAAAACUUUGUAAAUCAAACGUUAACACUUGGGGCUGUUAUGGUGAUUGCUCUUCUUCACAUUCUGACAAAAGGUCUGGCCGACAUUCACAUUCUUCUCACUCCAGCCACCAUGCAGACCACGAUGGGAAAUUACACAGAAAACGCAGGAGCUCUGAAACUAGUGAAUCGUCAGAAGAAUGGAGGCCGUUACUGUUGUUUAUCCCACUACGACUUGGCUUGUCUGAAGUAAAUUCAGAUUAUUAUCCUUCUUUAAAAGUUAUGUUUACACUAAAACAAUCUCUCGGCGUGAUUGGUGGAAAGCCGAAUCAUGCGCAUUAUUUUAUUGGAUUUAAUGGGGAUAGGUUGUUGUAUUUGGAUCCCCACACGACACAACCUGCUAUUGAACCAGAAAGAUACAGCAGUAUACCAGACGAAAGUUAUCAUUGUGUUUAUCCUUGUUUCAUGAAUUUCGCAGCACUUGAUCCAUCUAUUGCAUUGGGAUUUUAUUGUCAUACAGAAGCUGAUUUUGAUGACUGGACGCAAGCUGUUCAGGAGCUUGUUAUAGAUCGGGAGAAGAGACCAAUGUUUGAAAUAUGUAAAAAAAGACCACGCCACUGGCCGCCAUUUGAAUUUCCAAAAAGACCGUGUCAUGAUCUUGAAUCCUCAAAAUCAGAUUUCACAGAACUAACAUAUGAUUACGGCGACGAAGAAAAAAUAUUCGAUUCAAGUGGAGAAUAUGAGAUUCUAUGACCGACCUCAACGUGUACAUGCUUUUGAACGCUGCAUGCUUUUAAACGCUGUCUCGACGCGCCCGUCCAUCGAUUCUAAACGUUGAUAAAAAUUAUGUCCGUUGAUUUGAUAUUUUAGAAUUCAUAAAUUGCAUGUUUUGUAGAUAAUCUUUUUUGCAAAAA